AAACGAAAACAGAAAAACAGAGAUCUCAUUCACGAGCGCAGUUAGGGUUUUCCGCACAGAGCUCGCGCCUCCGCCAAGAACACACCAAGGCCGGAGGAAGCAACACCUCGGUAGCCAUGGUGAACGUUCCAAAAACCAGGAAGACCUACUGCAAGAACAAGGAGUGCAAGAAGCACACACUUCACAAGGUUACCCAAUACAAGAAGGGGAAGGAUAGCCUUUCUGCUCAGGGAAAGCGUCGUUAUGAUCGCAAACAGUCAGGAUAUGGUGGGCAGACAAAGCCUGUUUUCCACAAGAAGGCCAAGACAACAAAGAAGAUUGUGCUAAAACUUCAGUGCCAGAGCUGCAAGCACUACUCUCAGCGUGCAAUCAAGAGGUGCAAGCACUUUGAGAUCGGUGGAGACAAGAAGGGAAAGGGAACUUCUCUCUUCUAAGCUGAUGGUAGCCAUGUUGUCCUACAUUCAAGUUUCUGCCAGAAGUUACCAUUAAGGAUGUUUUUCUUUUAUUGUGCUAGUGAGAUGCAUCUGCUGGAAUACCUUGUGCUCUGCAUGUGUAUCAACUGUUCGGUAUGAUCUUUUCCAUACAUAGUCUACUGAGUUAUAUUUCACGCCAGAAGUUCUGAGUUGAAGUGCAAUACAUGGUUUCUGUUAA